AUCAUGUCAGCGCUGCCUCUUCAACGCUCUGCAAUCCUAGGGUUUUCACUGCUUCUGGUACGGCGCUUAAAACUUUCCACUUUUCUACUGUGCCAUGAUAUUUUGGUAUUGGCAGGGCAAUUCCUACUCUACCAUUGCAGGGAUUGUAGAGGAUAUAGACUACAAGUAGAAGCAAAAGGGCAUCUAUUUUAUCUGGCUUAAACAUUAACUGUGACUUGUAAAUGGGGACUUGUGAAUUGGGCAUUUUUGAAUGAUUCUGAAGGAGUAUUAUAAAAAUACUGUAUUGAAUGCUCAGCCUCUUCGCUUAUCUCAAAGAUAAUUAUGUCUAAGAUUAGUGGAUUAUUGUUGUACCUGUUGUGUUCUUAACAAGCCAAAGAUAAUGAUGUCCGUGAUUCAAUUUGAUUUCACUUUGCAGCCGAAUUUGUCUUACUAUGAUAUAGUGUUAUCAAUUCAUAUUAUAGCUGCUACAUGCAAACUUUAGAAUCUUUAGAACUCCUGAUGUGAAAUUCCACCAAAAGCUUGACUUAAAUGAGAACCUUUAGAACUAGAAUCCUAUUUACUUUGUUUGGAAAGUUAUAUUUUCCUUAUUAAAAAACCAAAUUAAUGUUGGCACCAGUCUAAAAAAGUAAUGUAGUUGUAAAGCAAAGUCCAUUGCAUUUUAGUAAGUAUUUGAAGAGUUAGGUCAAUGAUAAAAAUCCUAGAAUGUCAUGAUUGCAUUGUUGCCUAACGCCACCGCUUGAAAAUAGGAUGAAGGUUGGAUCUGCUUCUUAUGAAACCAGUUCUCUUUCCUGAUUUGUUUAGCAUUUACAUACUAUAAUAAUCAGCACUUGUUAAAGAUGCAAGGGCUUAUUAUUGUCUUCCUCGGCUUUUUUAUCCCAAUUCUGUUCUAAUUUAACUUUCGUGUGCAGAUAUUGGAUGGAUGAAUACAUUGUCUAAUGCGCAGCAAGAGAAUGAUGGAGAGCUCAUCUAAUCAAGCAUAUGGUUCAGAUGACAGUGAAAGAUGUUUUCAGGAGUAUGGACAUGAAUUCACCGAAGAUGAGCUCUCAAAAAAUAUUGAUUUAUGUCUAGGUGAAGUUGACAAGAUCAUAGAGCAAUCUAAAGAAACUUUACCUUCAAUAAGUGAUAUUGGAGAACCAUACAUCGGAAUGGAGUUCAACUCAAGAGAUGAUGCUCGAGAAUUUUAUGUUGCUUAUGGGAGGCGUACAGGGUUUACAGUGCGCAUUCAUCAUAACCGACGCUCUCGAGUAAAUAACAUGGUUAUUGGUCAGGAUUUUGUUUGCUCCAAAGAAGGUUUUCGUGAAAAGAAAUACAUAUACAGGAAAGAUAGAGUUCUUCCUCCCCCACCUAUAACCCGAGAAGGCUGUCCUGCAAUGUUGAGAUUAGCUUUAAGGGAUGGAGUUAAGUGGGUCGUCACCAAAUUCAUAAAAGAGCACAAUCAUACAUUAAUGUCUCCUAGUAAAGUACCAUGGCGAGGGUCUGCAAAGAAUUUGAUCGGUGAGGAUGAGAAAGAUAGGAGAAUACGAGAAUUGACCAUUGAGCUUAAUAAUGAGAAACAACGAUGUAAACGUCAGUGUGCUGCUUAUCAGGAACAAUUACGCAUGGUGUUGGCAUAUAUAGAGGAACAUACUAAUCACUUGUCAAGUAAGGUUCAGGAUAUUGUUAAGAAUGUAAAAGAACUAGAAAAUGAGCUUCUGGAGGAUUCAGAUUGCAAAUAUGUCUAGAAAAGUUUGUUCAUAUAUUUUCCUUUUAUGUGUCAUCCUAAUUGCAGUUUCACUAAUUUUUUUUCCAUUCAAGUUUAACUUGGAUCAUCGUGAAUGUCAUGUUCAUUAGGUUUAACAUUUGUCGUACUCUUGAUUUUUGCAAUAAUUGUGUGCAUUUCUUGCAUAAAUAAAAUGCAAAAUUUUAUGAUUC